AUGGAAGAUCAGAUUCCGAAAAUCUUGAUAGAGAAAUGGAGGGCGAAUUCUCAAAGUCAAGCUGUGUUCUCUCACGAGGUACAUGUGAAAACAAGAAUUAAUGUUACUCGAUUAUUCUCGUGUAUGAGCUGCGAUGAAAUAUUCUUGGAAACUGUAAAUGUAGAUAGUAAAUCUGUACAUUCAGCAAAUAUGUUGUACUUGUUUGAACCUUUAGCAAGAAAAGGUAAAACUGAAGGCUAAGCUAGCUGAAACCGAGCGAAAAUGGGAACAGACAGAGUGCAAAGUACACAGUUUGGAAAAGCUGAUCGAUGCGAGCGAUGAUAAAAUUGCAUCUUUGACCGAAGCCUUGAAAGCAGAACAAGCAGUGAAUAAAGAGAUAACGGAAAAGUUCAAUACAGCUUGGCAGCUAGUCGAAUCGAUAACGGAUCACCACAAUGCUACCAUGGACAUGUUGCAAAACUGCCGACAGCACGCUGAAUUCUUAACGGAACAACAGAAUACAGUGAUCGCUUUGCAGAAACAGAAAAUUGAGACAUUAACCGAGCAAGAAGAGAAUAUAAGGAACGAAGCAAAUGCAGAAAUUGAAAGAGUAAGGGAAGAUGCAAAACGUUGGGUAGACCAACGAGAAGAAGAACUGAUUGAAUUGCGAAUAAGGAACCACACAUUGGAGACGCAUAUUUGCAAGCAAAAUGAAUGUAUCACCGAGAUCAAUCAGAAAGCACAAACUCAUGCGAAUAAAUCACAGGAAGCGGAAGCUAAAUGUGCAAUGCUACAAAAAGAAUUGAAGGAUUUAGAGAGAAAAUUAGAUGAGGAAGAAGAGAAGCAGCAUUUACUCGAUACACAUAAAGAAGAAAAAGCCAAGCUGCUCGAGGUGGAAUUUUUCAUUCGUGUUUUCAACGAUCACAUUGUCGAGCAGUGA